CUCAAUCUCUCUCUCAUUAACUGUGGUCAGCGAUUCCUCUGCUUCUUCUUCUUCUUUCACAUCAAUCUCACCGAAUCAGAAGAGGUCCAUAGAUGACAACUACAACUCCGAUUACGGCGUCUUAUUGGUGUUAUAGCUGCACGCGAUUCGUAAGCGGCUGGGCUGAACAAGGUUCCACCUCCGGCGUCACUUGUCCGUACUGCGACGGCGGAUUCAUCGAAGAGAUUAACGAUUCCUCCUCCGCAGCUGCCGAGUUAGUGAACCCAGCUUCCACUGAAGUUAGAUCGAUCAACAAUAGCCGUAGAUCCGUGAUUAGACGCCGGAGAUCCGGUCGUCGUCCGUCGUUUAACCCGGUCAUCGUCCUCCAGGGAGGCGCCGGCGAGAGAGAUGAGGGAGAAGAAGCAGACGGAGCAAGGGAUCGACGUGCUUUCGAGUUUUACUACGACGAUGGAUCUGGAUCGGGUCUAAGGCCGCUUCCGGAUUCUGUAUCUGAGAUCAUGAUGGGAUCGGGAUUUGACCGGUUGCUCGAGCAGCUGAGUCAGAUCGAGGCUUCGGGAACCGGAAUCGGUAGAUCUGGAAACCCUCCGGCGUCGAAAUCGGCGAUUGAGUCUUUGCCGAGAGUCGAAAUCUCGGAUUGCCACGUAGUUGCGGAGGCGAAUUGCGCAGUCUGUAUGGAGGUUUUCGAGGCGGAGACGGAGGCGCGUGAGAUGCCGUGUAAGCACAUUUUCCACGAGGAUUGCAUCGUGCCGUGGCUCUCGAUCCGGAACUCGUGCCCGGUCUGCAGAUUCGAGCUGCCUUCAGAGCCUAACCGACGAAGCAGCAACAACGAGGAGGAGAACGCAGUGGGGAUGACGAUAUGGAGACUUCCCGGAGGCGGAAUCGCCGUCGGGAGGUUUAACGCCGCAAUGAGAGACGGUGAGAGAGUUUUGCCUGUGGUGUUGACAGAAGUUGACGGUGGUGGGAUUGGUAAUAGCGACGGUCCUAGACGGAUAUCGUGGGUUAGAGCACACGGGACACUUGAAUCAGAUGUUGCUGCUGGCUCCGGCUCAGGAGGCAGAUUGAGAAGGAUGGUUCGUGGAAUGGUGUCGUUAAUGAGGAGAGUUAGGCCAAAUCGUGGCUCUUCUUCUUCUGCUGAUAUUUCAUCUUCUUCUAAUCAGUUGGAUUUGAACAUUGAAGUAGAAUCUAGGGUUUUGGAUCGGUCGAAUUCAGUGUUGAGAAGAUACUUCGGGCGAAACAGAAGUAACAGAGAUUCUUCAGUUCUGCAUUGAGAAUACAUAUAUUUUAUUGGUUUGUUUGUUCAUUCAACAGUGUAAAUGUAAGAAUUCAAAAGAAAGAUUGGAAGUCCAUUUUGACAUUUCAUUCGAUUGAUUUCUUCGUAUGUUACAUUACAUCAAAUUUCUAACAUGUUCAUUCAAGUUUA